UACAUUGUCCACCUUCGUCGGUCUGACUUGUGAUCCAAUUCCAAGCCCCUCUCUCUUGACGCUUUCUCUCUGCAACUUUUGAAGUUCGCCGGAUUUUCUUCUGAGCUGAUGAAGUGCUUCCAUUUCACUAAUGGGGAGGGGCGGGACAACGAGGAACCCGGCGUCGUUCCCCGGGCGACGUCGAAGGUGUCGUGGGUGCGCUCCCUCAGUGUGGCCUCCAGCAGCUACGGCACCACUCGGCGGUCCGAGUUCGACUCGGACUCGAGGGACCUGUCCGACUCUGUGGCGUUCCAGGAGCUGCUGAGUCUGCGGCGGGCCAAUGCUCUGAGGGUGUUCACGUUCUCGGAGCUGAAGGCGGCGAGCAGGGGGUUCAGCAGGGCGUUACUGAUUGGAGAAGGAGGUUUUGGGUGCGUUUACAGAGGAAUCGUCAGAGGCUGUAAUGUCGGCGACGGGAAAAUGGACGUUGCUAUCAAACAGUUGAAUCGGAAUGGCUUCCAGGGGCAUAAGGAAUGGAUUAAUGAAGUAAACUUGUUGGGCGUUGUCAAACACCCAAAUCUUGUUAAGUUAGUAGGAUACUGUGCAGAAGAUGAUGAAAGGGGGAUUCAACGGCUAUUGGUUUAUGAACUUAUGCGUAAUAAAAGCUUGGAGGACCAUCUAUUGGUUCGAUCUUCAUCAUCUCUCCCAUGGAUGACAAGACUAAGAAUUGCUCAAGAUGCAGCCCGCGGAUUGGCAUAUCUACAUGAAGAGAUGGAUUUUCAGCUAAUAUUCCGCGACUUUAAACCAUCAAAUAUUCUGCUAGAUGAGGACUUCAUUGCAAAGCUUUCAGACUUUGGACUAGCCAGGCAGGGACCUCCGGAGGGGACAAGUCACGUUUCAACAACAGUUGUGGGAACAGUAGGUUAUGCGGCUCCUGAAUAUGUACAUACGGGGAAGCUGACUGCUAAAAGUGAUGUGUGGAGCUUCGGAGUGGUUCUGUAUGAGCUCAUCACAGGAAGGAGGGCGGUGGAGAGAAAUUUGCCCCGCAGUGAGCAAAAGCUUUUGGAAUGGGUCAAGCCCUAUGUUCCAGACUCAAAGAAAUUCCACCUUAUUUUGGACCCUCGGCUUGAAGGACAGUAUUGCAUCAAAUCAGCUCAAAACCUUGCAUCAUUAGCUAACCGGUGUCUAUCAAAACAACCAAAGUCUCGCCCAAAAAUGAGUGAGGUGGUUGGGGUUUUGGGAUGCAUCAUAGAUGAGCUGUCACCUCAAGACGAAGUAGUCCCUGAACCUGUGAUUGAAACAGAAGAAUCAAAUGAAGAAACCGUGGAGGAGACUGAGAUCGAGUCUAACAAACAAGGAAACAAAAAGAGGGUUUUCGACAUAAAAGACAUGGUUAACUUUAGAAACAAAUCUAUUGGGAAGUUGGAUUGGAGAAACUGGACCCCGGGUUUGAUAAGAACUUGGUGAUCAAGCAUUCAGCCAGCCUGUAGCAGAAAAGAACCAACAGGCGCAUUUCGACCUUGACAUUGAGAACAACAGAUACUUGUUGUUCAAAUCUUACGGAGGUACAGGAUUCCAAUCCAUUCUUUUUCUUUUUCAGUAGAUGGUUGUAAAUAUAAUUUGUAGAAGGACGCUGCACAUUUGAGGCACGCGUCCGUUUCAUUAAUGCACAAAAUGUGUGGCACAAGUUCAUUCUCUCUUCCGUGUAACAAGGACUCACCGUCGUAGAGGUGAGCGGGAACGAUGGCAGUCCAAUGUCAAAUGAGUUUUGUAAUCCAAAUGUGAAAUCUUUCAUUAUAGA